AACGAUGCCCACGGGAAGACUAUUUACAAUUAGAUCUAGAUCUGACGUGAUCCCUGGAAACUCCCGGUGACGAGGUGGAACAACUAUUACGCCGUCUUAGGUUAAUAGUUAUUCCUCCUGGGACUUGUAUUAUCGUUAUCCCGAUCUUUUCUGUGAUACAUGGACGACCAUGAAAAAGCGAGUAUCAUUGAUAGAGGAUAGCAUAGGAUAGCAUAGGAUAUCAGGUUUUACUUGUGUAUAAUAAUACCGUCGUUAAUCGUAAUAUGUGAUUUUAAAGUAGGCGUCUCUAUUUUCAAUUGUCCCUUAUCCCGCUUGAAGUAUUAGUCAUAUUUUGUCAGAUGCGAUCCUGUUCGGGACAAAAUGUUGCAACUAUCAUCCGCCUCGGGAAUAGUUAAUAGGCGUCGCUGGACUUAGGACUUGAGUGGAAGUCCGGGGAUAUUGGUUGUAUUUAGGUAAAAGCGGUUGCUCUCGCAAGGUUCGAGACACGGAGAAUACUUCAAACGCGGGGCCACGAAGUUCUUGACUUUUUUUUUUUUGCCAUCAUAAGAACAAUAUUUUCUUCUGUGUAGAUGAUAUACAAUGGUUAAGCUUGACGUAGUCCGGAGCGCGAACGCGGCACUCGCGGACGGGACGAAACCCUUCGUGGCAGUCGUGGCCGGCGGAACGGCCGGGAUCGGGGAAGCCACAGUACGUGCGCUCGCUGCCACCUUUGCCGGGCGCGGAAGUGGGGAUGGAGAUCGUGGCUUCCUUCGCGUGUACAUUGUCGGUCGGAAUCGGGAAGCGGCACACAAGAUCAUCGCGGAGUGCGAGACGGCGUGUCCGGGAGGGGUAUUUCGGUUCUACAAGGGCGACCUGUCACUAUUGAAGGAGGUCGAUCGCGUGUGCGCUGAGAUCAUCGGAAUCGAACAACGGGAGGCGGAUGCGAAAGCUGCGCCGGCGAAGAUCGACUUCCUGGUGUGCUGCCAGGGGGUCCUGUCUCUCACGGUUGAAGAAUCCAAUGAGGGCCUCGACAAGUACUUCAGCCUAUAUUAUUACUCACGUAUGCGCCUCGUCGAACGAUUCCUCCCACUACUAAUCGCAUCUCCAAACGGCGGGCACGUGGUCUCGGUAUUCAACUCGAGUAUACAGUCCUCGCUCGUCCUCGAUGAUUUAACCUUGCGGAAUCCGCGCAACCAAACACUUCGAACUCGCUUCGCGCAUUUUGUUGGCAUGACCAACAUCUUCAUGGAAGAGCUGGCGCGUCGUAACUCGGGUCGCCUAGCUCUAUGUCACUACCAUCCAGGGUUCGUCCCCACGAACAUCUUAAACAGUAGUAACUUGCCGUGGUACCUCAAGUUUCUGGUGAAUUAUAUCGUAACCCCCCUAUCUUGGCCCUUCUGGGUACCCUUCGAGGAGUGUGGACAGCGCAUUUUGUUCAUGGCUUCUCCGGCGAGAUUCCCAGCACUCGAGUUUAAAGGUACAGAGGCGGCUGCGGGGAAGGUGAAGGGCGUUGAAAUAGCGACGGGAAUCGAUGGAAAAUUCGGCGGCGGAGCUUACUUAGUGACUAAAGACGAUGAUACGUUUGGCAAGGAGAAGAAGUACGAUGAACUUCGCGCAAACGGGACUGCGGAGAAGAUCUAUCAGCAUACCAUGACCGUAUUUGCGGAGAUCGAAGCAAGUGGGGUGUAUAAAGACUGAGGCGGUUCACAUUGAGGCGUGAUCUCAAAUAUAGGUAGUUGACUCCCAAAUUGACAAUAUGUGCUUGACUUAAUGGGCUCCGCGAAAAUACAAUUCAUGUAGAAUCGCAUUGCAGAAUCGCGAACAAUUUAACUAUGAUUACCUGUAACUUUGACAGGUACCUCUAGGUAAGCUGUCCCAGUUGGCGAGCGACCGAUGUUAGGAACCACAGCGCUAUCAAAACGACGAUAUAAAGAUAGACAUUGGACAUCAACACUGCCACUGCCAACCUGGGGAACAAUUUCCCAUAGGCGUGCGUAAUGUCGGUAUGGGGCAAAGUCGUUUGCUAGGAGCACGAAACACCAGUUCCCCGUCCAGAAGUCGGAUUAUGUUCCUUCUCCCCUUCCCACGUUAGACCAAUAUCAUGUUAUUUUGUGUCCGAUUGGCUCAACAUGACAGAUCC